AUGGGCGCAGAGCAAAGCACGCAGGCUGCGGUGGAGGGGCAGGUGCCACAGCAGGCCGACGAGCAGGGGAUCAGCUCAGGAGGGGAGCCUAAGGCCUUGAUCGUGGUGGGGCCUUCCGGCGUCGGCAAGGGCACCCUCGUCUCCAGGCUGCUGUCCGCUGACCCUGAGAGAUACCGCCUGAGCGUGUCAACCACCACACGCGCGCCGAGGCUGGGCGAGCAGUGCACCGGCUCUUGCAAAGACCGCCGCAACCCCUCUCCUCCCAAACACAAAACCAAGAAUGGCGUCGACUACGUUUUCGCGCCCAAGGAGGCCGUGAUGGCGGCGAUCGCGCGCGGCGAGUUCCUGGAGCACGCCGAGGUGCAUGGCGCCCUGUACGGCACGCGGCGCGACGCCGUGGAGGCGCUGCGGGCGGAGGGGCGCGUGGCGGUGCUCGACAUCGACGUGCAGGGCGCGCGGCAGGUGCGCGCCAGCGAAAUGCCCGCCAUAUUUGUGUUUGUCGCGCCGCCCAGCCUGGAGGAGCUGGAGCGCCGCCUGCGCGCCGGGCGCGACGCCGUGGCCGGUGGCGACGAGGGCGGCGAGCCAGGCGGCGGCGGCGAGCAAGGCGGCGGCGAGGCUGACCUGCAGCGGCGCCUGGGGGCUGCCAAAGGGGAGAUCACGAGCCUGAAUGAGAAGGGGCUGUACGACUACCUGCUGAUCAACGACGACCUGGACAGCACCGCAGAGCAGCUGGCGCGCAUCGCGCGGCGCGCGGCGCUGGGGCUUGAGGCGGAGCCGGGGCACGUGCCAGAGAAGGUCAUCCUCGAGGACGAGGGAGAGGUUGAGGAGGACGUGGAGGAGGACGAGGCGGCUGUGGCGGCGUCAGUGGCGACCACAGACGGCGGCACCACAACGGGCAGCGCGCCGGUCGGGGCCCCGGCGGCGGGCGGCGGUGUGGGCGCUGCUCAGCAGGCGUCGUCGGCGCCGUCGUCGGCGCGCGCGCACCCAAGCCAGCAGCAGCAGCAGCAGCAGCACGUGGCGGCAGUAGUAGCGGCAGCGGCCCCAGAGCCGGCGAUCCCGGCGGCUGCGGCUGACCUUGCGGCGGGCCUGGAGCGGUGGCGCGGCAGGGUGGCGCUGGUGACCGGGGCGUCCUCCGGCAUCGGCUGGGCGGUGUGCGAGGCGCUGGGCCGUGCGGGCAUGCGCGUCGUCGCGGUGGCGCGGCGGCGCGAGCGGCUCGAGGAGCUGCAGCGGCUCAUGCUGGGGCCGGGGGUGGGGCUGCAGGCGGUGGACUUCCUGCCGGUGGUGUGUGACGUCACCAAGGAGGCGGAGGUUCAGGCCGCGUUCAACGGGCGGCCACGAUCCAAUCCGCUGGACGGUGGCGCGCAGUGGUCGCAGCAGCAGCUGCACGCAGCGCGGCUGCUCGGGGCGCUGCCGCGCAUCGUGCUCAAGCGGUGGCCCGACCGCGGCAUCGACGUCCUCGUGAACAACGCGGGCCUGUCGCGCAACAACGCGUCGCUGUUUGACGGCAACACCAGCAGCUGGGUAGAGAUGGUGUCCACAAACCUGCUGGGCGGCUGCAUGACUUCACGCGAGGUCGUGCGGGACAUGCGGCGGCGCGGGGAGUGGGGCCACAUCAUCAACAUGGUCGGCCUCAGCGGCCACCGCAUCCCAGACGCGGGGGCGGGCGGCAGCUUCUUUGCAGCUACCAAGUUUGGGGUGCGCGCCGUCACAGACGGCCUGCGGCAGGAGGCGCGCGCGGCGGGCGUCCCCCUGCGCGUGUCUGGCAUAUCCCCCGGCCUGGUCGACACGGAGUUCUUCAAGGUGCGCGCCUUUGGGGACGACGCGGCGGCGGCGGCGGCCAUCGGCCGCAUCACGCCGCUGGAGCCUGCUGACGUGGCGCGGGCGGUGGUGUGGUGCCUGGCCGCGCCGCCGCACAUGGAGGUGAACGACGUGGUGAUACGGCCGAGGGAGCAAGUGAUCUGA